CCACUACGUCAAUAUCUGUAUGGCAAACACAUUAACAUACAAACAUACGACCGCUUAUAUAUGUAACAUGAAAAUGACAUAAUGGAGCAGAAACUACACGUUCAAUUGUAUCUUGGUGAAGGCUCAUAAAACUGAAGGUUUUCCCCCAAGAACAUGACUGGAAGGAGUAUGCGCUCGCACUCAAUACCUGCGGGUCCCUCGUGUCACGUGGUUAUCACAGAUGACGGCACGAGCUCUACUUCAACAGGCGAGCCGCCCUUUUUGAAGUCUGCUGACGCCGAUACUGGCCAUGAGCGCCUCUUACGUCACACUGCCACUGGAACUGCAAACGCGAUUCAGCACUGCCGUCCGUCACGUCCGCCACAUUACCUCAUCCUUGCAAUACUUGUUACAAUCCUGAUCAAUCCUGCGUUCGGGAGUGUCGCCGUUCUGUGCUCUCUGUGGUCACGGCAGUGCCAUAAACAUAACGCCAUAAAUGACGCUAAAAGAUGGGGGAACAUCUCAAAGUGGAUGAGUAUCGUUGGUUCGGCGAUUUCAUUGGUUGUUGCGGCGUUUUUGGUCGUGUAUUAUGUGUAUAUUGACAAGAACAUAGUGGACACGCAAGAAGAGUUACAGAACAACUAAAGUGGGGUUAGACAUUGUGCUCUUGUGUAAUUUAUGACAUGUGUAUUGAGUUAAAAUUAUGUAUAUAGGGCAUUUGAUUCGGUGACAGGAAGAAGGGGAUGUUUAGGUCGAUUCAAACUUUUGACGGAUGCCUCUUGCAUCAUAAUCAUAUGGGCAAAAUGUUCAACAAAGUUAUCAAUUUACUCAUGGAGUAAAUUGUACACACGAUAUUCAUGGUUUAUUCAAACUUGAGUGGACACUUAUCUUAAGUUCGACGUGUUAAAGAUGUAUUUGACAAUAUAAACAAUUUUGCGGUUUAAA